AGAGAGUCAUAAUUUCAUAAUCUAUGGAUUAGGCAAAGUUAAAAAAUCUGGCGUGUUGCCGAGUCAUCUCACUCAUCUUCAUAUAUAAACAAAUCUCUACCUGAUUGCUUUUUUCCGUCUCUGCAACUCUCUCAACUUGAUUCUCUCUGAUUUAUUUAACAAACAUAUACAUAUCUAUUUACAUUUGGUUCUUCAAAACUACGUUUCUUUAUCAAUCUUUCGUUAGUCUCCACAAGUCUCUUUUCAAAUCUCGAAUUGGGUUUGAUUUGAAAGUAGGAAAGAUUAAAACUUUGAAGUAAAAAACAUGGAGAUGGGUUUCCAGGAAAAUGAACAAAAUCAAGAAUUUGGUUCUCAGGUUGCGAAUCUUAUGGAGAUUGGAUCUGGGCAUUACGGGUGCUCACAUUAUAGAAGACGAUGUAAGAUUAGAGCACCAUGUUGUGAUGAGGUUUUUGAUUGUAGACAUUGUCACAACGAAGCUAAGGAUUCUCUUCACAUUGAACAGAUGCAUAGACAUGAACUUCCACGACAUGAAGUUUCAAAGGUGGUAUGCUCACUCUGUGAGACAGAACAAGAAGUUCAGCAAAAUUGCUCCAAUUGUGGUGUAUGUAUGGGGAAGUACUUCUGCUCAAAAUGCAAAUUCUUUGACGAUGAUCUUUCCAAGAAGCAAUAUCAUUGCGAUGAGUGUGGGAUUUGCCGGACUGGAGGAGAAGAAAACUUCUUCCAUUGCAAAAGAUGUCGAUGUUGCUACUCCAAGGUUAUGGAGGACAAGCACCGAUGUGUCGAAGGCGCAAUGCAUCACAAUUGCCCUGUUUGUUUCGAGUAUCUGUUUGACUCCACAAGAGAUAUCACUGUCCUGCAAUGUGGUCAUACUAUGCAUUUAGAAUGCACGAAAGAUAUGGGGCUGCAUAACCGAUACACAUGCCCUGUAUGCUCCAAAUCCAUAUGUGACAUGUCCAAUUUGUGGAAGAAACUUGAUGAAGAGGUUGCCGCAUACCCAAUGCCAAAACUGUAUGAGAAUAAGAUGGUAUGGAUUCUUUGCAAUGACUGCAGCGCAAACACUAACGUUCGGUUUCAUUUUAUCGCGCAUAAAUGCAGUAGCUGCGGUUCCUACAACACGAAACAGACGCAGAGAGGCUCUGAUAGUCACUCUUGCUCUUCUGGAGUGUCUCAGGUUGUUGGUUCGACCGGUUAAUUCUUUAACCAGUGCUAGUCUUGGUAUCUAAAUUUCUCAAGAGAGAGAUUAUUUGUAUUUUCGUAACUAUAUAGUAUCAGUCAAUCAAUGCAUCUGGUUGUUUAUAUCAGCACAAAAUUCAAAAGCUGCUUUGAGCCUA